AUGCUGGUCCAUGGUUCCGUUUACCGGCCUUUCCAUGGCGAACACCACAUGAUAAGGAUCAACACAACCACCACCAUGGACAUCACCAAUGUGGAUCUACCCUUGCAGGUGGAUGUGGAGAGGUGCAAUUACAAGGCUGGGGAGACUAGUGAUGGCCAGCUAUGCAUUGUCUAUGCAUCUCAUGAUGACUUCCUGCUCCAUGUUUGGAUCCGUGUUGUGGAUGGUGAUGGAAUUGGGAUUUGGGUGCCGCAGAACAUACUCUCUUUGAGUGUAGAAAUUGGUCGGGUCACUCGGGGCUGGCUGGGCCACCUUAGGGUUGUGCAAGUUAGGUCUGGAUAUGUCUACUUGUCCAUGAAAUGCAUUACCCCUGUUGGCAUACUCCGCUGCUGGUUCUUAUCCCUUUCAUUGGAGACCAUGAAGAUUGAGUCACUGAUCCACGGGACAUUUGGUGACUCUGCCUAUCCAUACGUUAUGGCCUGGCCUCCUUGUUUGAUUGGUGAUGAUGGGGGCACUGGGCAUGAAGUUGAAGGUUCUCGCUGA